AUGCCGCUACAUACCAACAACUCGAUCUCAAUGCCGCGCACGAAUUUAGCACAGAGCGGAUCAAAAGCAAACGGGUCAACACAGUCAACUCCCAUAAGCUGCAACAACAAUAUGAGCUCUACAUUAUCGCCAUGGAGCGCAGAGAGCAUAAGUUCUCAUAUCAGCAGUCCCGUAUUCUCUGCAUCAGGCGUGAGCACAACUGGUAUGCCUACAUUAUGCCCUACAACUACGACUACAAAUACAUCUACAACUGGUUCAACCGUCUCUUUAAAUGCUACAACAACAACAACUGCAUCAACAGAACUACUGCUAGCGACCCAUUUGUCAGCGUCUACGCAAUCAGCUACACUAAAAAAGCAACCUGUGAUUAAAAGAGCACGAAACUCAAAAGGUCUCAACAUUGACUGCUAG